AUGCCUCGAAAGCAUAGCUGGACAACGAUUUUCCCCGCCGUCACCGUCCUGCUCGCUUUGGCAACGACUCCAUCGUCGGCCUUCUCCUUCAAGUCUUUGUUUGACGACUCCCCGGCUUCGCAGAGCACCUCCAAGGUCAGCGCGGAAGCAAGCUCUAAUGUCGACGAUAGCGACAGCGGGAGUGCAGACCUAUCCAAUGGGUCUGACAUCAAGCCCCGCCAGCCCCUCCUGGAUCCCGAGGACUGGUUUCUGACCGAAGAGGAAAUCACGGCGUCGCGGGGCGACGUACCGAGGGCUGACAUGGCGGUGUAUACAACCGGCAACAAGGUCACAACCUACACGGUGUCGAACGAAUACUUUAACGCAGUCUACGACGACCUGAGCAAGACCACGGAGGGCGACCGUGUCUUGCUGAAUGCCUGGACGACAGCUCUCAUCCCGUUCACAGCAUCAGAAGAACAUGGUCGUCUUGGGCAACACUAUCCGCGAUGCGGGCACAUUACGUACCAACAGAAGGGUUGGGUGGACGGGCACAUUCGUAUCCACGGUCCCGCUGCGAAGGAUGUUGCGAGUAACUUCGUGGCUCGAUGGAACUCGAAAUUCUUGCCGUGUCAGAACCUAAAAGAGCACUUGCUUGACUUCGACAAUCCGCCGUACGAGGACAUCCCGCAACUCGACUACAUCAGCAGCAAUACUACUGCCAAUUUAGGCAACCAAAGCAUCCAGAUUACCCGAACCUUCAGCUGCGAGUACAAACACUACAAGGAGUUUGCCCCGAAAGGCGAAGUUUCGCUGUUCAAAGCGCACCUUAAAGCCAUCAGGAACGCCAAGAACUUCAUCUACAUCGAAGAUCAGUACUUCGUCUUCAUGCCGGAGCUACUUGAGGCUCUGUACCUGUAUCAAAACGUUGAGCCUAUUCGGUCGAAGUACCCAAAUAAGUUCAAGAUGUACACAACCAAAGCCGAGCUGGAUCUCUGCAUCCACAGCAAAAUCGUCAUCAUCGACGACGUACUUCGCAUCCGCAAGUUUGUGGAGAUGACGGGGCUGAGCUACAAAGAGCUAGACGCCAUGACCUUCGUGGAAGCGGCGGACCAGUUCGCCGUCGCUGCAACGCAGGACUCGACGAUCUUGGCGAAAAAUAUCGUCGAGCACCACGAUUACUUUUUCGCCAUCACGAAUUCGAUGCGGAAGGUAUCCGAUCCACAGGACACUUGCAGCUUUGACAGUAACAAAGCAGUGUAG